AUGGCUGUCGCCGUGGCUUCUCCUAGCAUGGCCACGUCCACAUCGGCGUCCGCCAAGGCCAAGAGCAAGGCCGGGACUGUGCCGCCUCGGCGACUGACUAAGGAGGCGUUGACGGCGACACACAAUGCGCAUCUCAAGAAGCAGAGCACUUCGCCGCUGGCGCCGCGGCCGGUGAAGCAGCCGGUCCUGGCAGAUGCGUAUCCGGCGUCGACCAAGUCCAUCCGGGAACUCGAAAUUAUCCCAUUAACAGAACUCAAGGCCGAGACGCACCACCGAGGCCAAGGCCUCAUCGUCAAGGCGGUCAGCGCGCCGUUCGUGGGCGCGGGCGCGGUGAGCAUCGUGGAGGAUGAGUUUGGCAACGCGGACAAGCUGGCCAUCUACAACCAAGCUGACUCGUCCAUUCUCUCGGGCGUGCCCGAGGGUUGCGUGGUGGCCGUGAAGGAGCCGUAUUACAAGAACAACGGCGCGGCAGGCGACUACAUGAUUUGUGUGGAUCACCCGUCGGAUGUGAUUCUGUUGCGGUUUACGGACCCCGUGAUCCCGGAGAAGUUGAGGUUGGGCCCGCUGCUGAAGACGGCUGAGGACUGGCGGAAUGCGGCGGACCGAGCGUUUAUCGAGAAGGAUUUCCCGACGUGUGUUUUCUGCUACACCGAGGCCCUGGAAGUGUCCGACGACGACGCGUUCAAGGCAGCCGUGCGGACCAAGCGAGCGGGCGUCAACCUGCUCCUGGGCCGCUACGACGCAGCCAAGGAAGACGCGCUGGCCUCACCAACAGGUGGCCCUCGUGACUGGCGUGCCUACUACAACGCCGGGCGAGCAGCCUACGGGCUCUGCCAUUACGCCGAGAGCCACAAGCUAUUGAGCACAGCGCUAUCCCUCAACCUGGACAACGCCAGCGUGCUUAAGGAGCACGCCCGGUGCGAGGCGCGGCUGCGCGAGGAGGAGACGGGCGAGUACGACUUUGAAGCCAUGCACGCGUCUCUCGGCCCGCAGUCGGUGCAUCUCGAUCGGGCAUCCUUCCUGCGUAACACGCGCAUUGCCGACUCUCCGCACCACGGCCGCGGGCUGUUCGCCACGCGCGACUUACGCGCCGGUGAUUUGGUCUUCGUCGAGAAAGCCACGUUGAUGCCAAACCAGUACGAACCCACGCGCGCGUCGGCCGCGCUGUACGCCAUGGUGGUGCGACAACUGUGCGACAACCCGUCCCUCGCCGAACCCGUGCUUGCGCUGCACGACGGCGGCGCGUACGAGCGGACGGGGAAAGAGGGUACCAUGGUGGACGGGGUCCCCGUGGUGGACGUGUUCCUGGUCGAGAGCAUCCGCACCAAGAACUGCUUCAGCGCGCCACGAUCCACGCUGCUGGACACGCGGCCCAGCCAGCCUGACGGGCGCAUGGCCAAGGGCCUGUGGGUGCAUGCGGCCUACAUGAACCACCACUGCAUCGGAAACACCAUCCGCUCCUUCGUCGGCGACAUGCUGAUUAACCGCGCGACCAAAGACAUCAAAGCCGGCGAGGAACUCUUCCACCAGUACGCGCCCGUCAAGCCGCUGGCCGACGUACGCGCCCUGCAGCAUCUCGCCGGCUGGGGGUUCACCUGCCAAUGCGUGCUGUGCGAGACCGAGCGGAACAGCAGUAGCAAGGCGGCCAUGGACAAACGUCGCGAGCUAGCCGAGGCCGUCGACAAACUCUGCAAGAAGAAACUCCCCGGCAAGGAACUCAUCCCAGAAGCCAAGAUCCGCAACGUCGAGCGGUUGCUCAAGCAGCUCGAGGACGCCCACGAAAAGGACGUGUACGAUGCCCACCACCUCCCGCGGCUCACGCUGAUCUACCCGUGCCAGUGGCUCAUCGUCGCGCACCGCGGGCGCAAGAAUCAUGGGAAAGUUAUCCGCUACGGCCUGCAGGUGCUCCGCAACUUUGGCUUCCGCGUGCCCGACGAGACGGAGCCCGGCUGGGACCCGCGCGGGAUUUACUCCGACCCGGAGAGCGCGAGGACGUCUCUUAUGACUAUCCAUGCUGUGUCGACGCUGCGCAAGAUGGCGGAGGCGUACGCGUCUUUGGGUCAUGUGGACAUGUCGAAGCGGGCGCGUGAGGCGGCUGAGUUUGGGUAUGUCAUGAUUACGGGGAGCAAGAAUGAUGUGGACACGCUGGAUAAAUAA